AAGCGGCAACUCGAUCGUGCUAUAUAAAUGGCACUCUCUCGCGGCCCACUUCCAGUGUGUCAAGUCUUCGUAGCGGCCACGACUCAGCCAUGAGACUCGCUGCCUUGGUGGUGCUGGUGGGAUGUGCUGCAUGGCUGGUCAAUGCCAGUCCUGCUCCACUAGACAUAAAACCAGUCGACAUUUCAACUCUCAUUGCAACAGUUCCUGGACUUAAAGAGGAACUGGAAGCCAAGAUAAAAAAAGAUUCAGGUAAAAUUUCAAUUGUAGCCACAGCCACCAAUGCCCCCGCUACCACUGCCCCAACAACCACUACCUCUGCACCACAAGCAAAUGCUCCUCCAACACCAGCCCAGACCACAACACCAAGAAGCACAGAGGGAGGAAAACGUCACAGACCAUUAAGACGCCGUGGUGGAAGACGUCGCCUACAGCCUAAUGAUCAGAAUCCUGAAGAAACAGAAGCAACUUCCCAACCUCGGCGACAGAAAAAUGCCCGCACUUUCCCACAAGCACCAUAGUAAAACCCAAAUUCACGAGGUCAAAGUGAACACGAAGUAAAUAGCAUGCAGUUUAUAAUUCACAUAAAUUAGUUGAAAAAGCAAUGAUUAUCAAAAAUGUCUUACUUCUAUAUUUAUAAUAAUGUAUCAUAAAAGAAAAGGUUACAAGUUUUCACACUUGCAUCUUAUUGAAGUUUGACAUAUCUACAAUGUAAUAUACCCUAGAGAUCUUUUUCAAACACUACACACUCAAGUUCACUUUACCUGAAACACUUAACAGGAACCUCGUUAAAAUUUUGUCUGACACAAAUGCCCCUCUGGUACAGAACUAAAAUCAUGCAAAUAGCUUGAUUAUCAAAUGAAGAUAUAUAAGGAAGCACAUAAAGAUGACUACAAAAUUUCAUACUUUGUUGGAAAUAUCCUGCUAGAAAAACUUAGGUGAGAUGGAAGUACAGCUCCUCCCCGACUUACGACCACCCGCACUUACGACCUGCCUCAGUCGUACCAAAAUUUGGUCAAAUUACGUAUUUGCGAGUCCCAAAGUCAGUACACAGACAAAAUUUUUGUUUGUAAAUCACUUUAAAAUGACAGGCAAGCUUAAAAGCGAGAGUUUUGUGGUGCUGAGAAGAAAGAGAGACACCCAUAUUAGAUUUUCUAUGUAUUAUUUAAGCAUUUCCGACUUACAACCUGGAUUUGGGUCCCUAACCCAGUCGUAAGUCGGGGAGGAGCUGUACGAUACAGUACAGAAUAACAGACAGGUGUAAAUCAGCGUAUUGUACUGUACUGGCUCAGAUGGGACAUGAAUACAGUAUAUACCCUUUACUACCUUUGGCUCUUCAGGAAGUGUCAUAUAAAUUAUAAUAAAGCCUUUUAAGGCAUAUACUACUGUAGAUUUAUUUACAUACUUUAUGAAAUUUGCACAUGCAGCACAUUAUGAAGGGGAUCCCCUGUUACAUAUUCCUUCCAUUAUAUAUCAUCACUGCUUUGAGCAAAACUAUUAUAUGAAGUCUGUUGUUA